AUGAGUAACGACGAUCUCAAGGGUCUUGAACCCGAAGCCAACAAGACCAACUAUGUUGGCUCUGGCACUGGCUCUGACACAGAAGAGGGUCGUCUUCAGCAUGCUGCCGACGCCAAGCGCCAGAUUGGUGUUCUGAGCGCAUCUAUGCUCAUCUUCAACCGAGUCAUCGGUACCGGUAUCUUUGCGACUCCUGGCUCCAUCCUUGCCCUUCUUGGAAGUCCCGGUCUGGCCCUCAUCAUUUGGGUCGUUGGUUCCCUCAUCGCCGCUGCUGGUACUGCCGUCUACCUCGAAUGGGGAACCGGUAUCCCCAAGAACGGUGGUGAGAAGAACUACCUCGAGUUCAUCUACCGCAAGCCCAAGUUCCUCGUCACCGGCAUCUACGCUUCCUACAUUCUGCUCAUGGGUUGGGCAUCCGGUAACUCUGUCGUCUUUGGCGAGUACAUCCUCCACGCCGCCAACAAGGAGGUCGACCGAUGGAACCAGCGUGCUAUUGGUCUGGCUUGCAUCACGACUGCUUUCCUCAUCCACGGCUGCGCUCUCAAGUGGGGUCUUCGCCUCCAGAACGCCCUUGGCUUCAUCAAGCUGGCCAUCGUCUUCAUCAUGAUCAUCUGCGGUUUCGUCGCUCUCGGCGGUCACCUCAAGAUCGAUGAGAAGCCCGACAACCUGAGCCGCGCUUUCGAGGGUACCACUGGCAGCGCCUACGGUGUUGUCACUGCUCUGUACAACGUAAUUUGGAGUUUCGUCGGUUACAGCAACGCCAACUAUGCUCUCAGCGAGACUCGCAACCCUGUGCGCACUCUCAAGAUCGCCGCUCCUACCGCCAUCAUUUCGGUCUCCGUUAUUUACAUCCUCGUCAACAUCGCUUACUUCGCCGCUGUUCCCAAGGCCGAGAUCAUUGCCUCUGAGCGUCUUGUCGCUGCUUCUCUCUUCCGCAACGUCAUGGGUCCUGCUGCCGAGCGCGCCAUGUCUGUCUUUGUCGCCCUUUCUGCUUUCGGCAACGUCUUGAGUGUUAUCUUCUCUCAGGGUCGCCUUGUUCAGGAGCUUGGUCGCGAGGGUAUUCUGCCUUUCUCCCGUCUCUGGGCUAGCAACCGACCUUUCAACGCUCCUUUGGCCGGUCUCUUCGAGCACUGGGUCAUUUGCGUUAUCGUCAUCCUUGCUCCUCCCCCUGGCGAUGCUUACAACUUCAUCCUCAACCUCAUCUCCUACCCUCUCGCCAUUGUCAACACUUUUGUCGCUGGUGGUCUCGUCCACCUAUACCUCCACCGCGAGAAGUACAACUGGAACGCCCCUAUCAAGGCUACUCUGCCUGUUACCGUCUUCUUCCUUCUCAGCAACAUGUACCUUGUGAUUGCUCCUUUCAUCGCUCCCGAUGACCCCAGCCAGAACCAGUACAAGAGCAUGCCUUACUACAUCCACUGUGUUGUCGGUAUUGGUAUCCUUGUCGCUGGUGCUUUCUACUGGCUUGUCUGGGCCGUCAUUCUUCCCAAGAUUGGUGGCUACAAGCUUGUUCGCGAGACUCAUGUUGAUGAGAUCGAUGGAUGGGAGUCCAACCGCUUCCGUCGCGUUCCUCUUAAUUAG